GCUGCGCUUCGGCCGCCAUUUUGAGUUUAUAUGAGGGAAGUGGUGUUGCUUUAUUUCAUCUCCGUAAUUAGAUUUUUUUCAGUAUUUUGAGUAGUUCUGGUUACAGUCUACCUACAUCGGAGAUGCAGUCGAAUCAAAUUAACCGGAAUUUAAAGCAAGUGAAAUUGGAGAACAGUCGUAAUUCCCCAGUAAAAAGAGACUAUGACACUGCGGAUCUUGAAGAAAUCGUAACAGGCGGAGAAGGUGAACCCCUCAUAGUGGAUAUUAAAAAUUUUCGCAGGCCGGGAGAAAAGACCUACACGCAAAGGUGCAGACUCUUCGUUGGUAAUUUACCCACUGAUAUAACGGAAGAGGAUUUCAAGAAAUUAUUCUGGAAGUAUGGGGACCCUUCCGAGGUUUUUAUCAACCGGGACCGCGGAUUCGGAUUUAUUCGGUUGGAAACCAGGACACUGGCUGAAAUAGCAAAGGCUGAACUUGAUGGUACAAUGCUGAGGAAUCGACCUCUACGUAUUCGCUUUGCUACUCAUGGAGCGGCUUUGACUGUGCGGAAUCUUUCUCCAGUUGUUUCUAAUGAGUUGUUGGAACAGGCUUUUUCUCAGUUUGGACCUGUAGAAAGAGCAAUAGUUGUUGUUGAUGACCGUGGAAAGCCUACAGGGAAAGGUCAUGUGGAAUUUGCAGCAAAGCCUCCUGCUCGUAAAGCACUGGAACGAUGUGCAGAUGGAGCGUUUUUAUUGACAUCUUCCCCACAUCCUGUUAUUGUGGAGCCCAUGGAGCAGUUUGAUGAUGAAGAUGGAUUUCCUGAGAAAUUGCUGCAAAAGAACACACAAUAUCAUAAGGAACGGGAGCAGCCGCCACGUUUUGCUCAACCUGGGACAUUUGAGUUCGAAUAUGCAUCUCGUUGGAAAGCUCUUGAUGAAAUGGAAAAACAACAACGAGAGCAAGUUGACAGAAAUAUACGAGAAGCAAAACAAAAACUGGAGGCAGAAAUGGAAGCUGCUCGUCAUGAACAUCAGCUUAUGCUUAUGAGACAAGAUUUGUUGAGGCGCCAGGAGGAGUUAAGACGAUUGGAAGAAAUGAGAAAUCAAGAGCUGCAGAAAAGAAAACAGAUCGAAAUGAGGCAUGAAGAGGAACGUCGGCGACGAGAGGAGGAAAUGAUGCGCCAGCGAGAGCAGGAUGAAUUGCGAAGGCAGCAAGAAGGAUACAAAUCAAACUACAUGGAUAAUAGAGAACAGGAUAUGAGGAUGGGUGAUAUGGGUCCACGUGGAGGAAUUGGCAUGGGAGAUGCGUAUAGCCCAGCUCCAGCUGGCAGUCAAGGGCCUGCUCCACUUAUGGGUAUGAACAUGAACAACCGUGGACCUAUGCCUGGCACUGCAAUGGGACCUGUCCCAGCCAUUGGGCCAGAAGGAGCUGCAAGUAUGGGAACACCCAUGCUGGGAGACAACGGUGGAACAAUGCGCAAUGAUAGAUUUCCUCAAGGAGCUCCUAGUCAAUUAGGCUCUCCUCCUAUGGUUAAUAGGGGAAGCUUAAGCGGAACGCCUGCACCUGAGGCUGCUCCUCAACAACCCAUGGCAGGUGUAGGUGCUGUAAGUGCUGCACCUGGUGGUUUUGGUAGAGGAAAUCAAGUUGGUAACUUUGAUGGAGCUAAUAAACGCCGCAGAUAUUAGACAUUUUGAACUGUAACAAAUGUCAUUCCUUUCUGUGACAGUUUAAGAUAUGCGGAUAUCUAGUGAUUUAAAACUAUCAGUUGAGUUUUAUCUGCUGUUAUUUGACUUUUUUAAUGUGAUGUAAAUCUUUGGAUUUUGUUUCCUUAUAUAUUUUUGUUUGACUCUAUACUGAAGUCUAAAAUGCUUCAGGCUUUAUCUCAUAGAACAACCACAUAAAACAUUGUUUUAGCAAGUUGAGCUUACAUUUUGUGUCUGCAGUAUAAAACAUCUUUAUAAUGUGACCAUGCUGUAAAAUCCAUGGAACAAUAAAUAAAACAAAUAAACCAUUUCUUUUGUUAAAGUAAUUGAACACUAGCUAACAUGUACUAAGCAAUGCACAAUCUGUAAUGUGCAUGAUUUUUAAAUUGAUGCAAUUUAUUUGUCUUGCGUUUUCUAAAUUCCUAAUAUUGAUUCAGAUUAUCCCAUCCCAUGACUAUAUUGUUUCACAGAUCAUUUUUCAAGUUCAAGUUGCAAAUGGCUAUAUCCUAUCCACAUUAAUUUAUAAUUACUUGGGAACAAUUUUAAAAUAUGUUCCUAAUUUCUCUAGCAUUCCUGUCUCCCUUCUGCUGACCCAAGCAAAUAGUUAGAUCAUUUUGGAUUAUUCUGUCUAGUUGAGUUUGCCAUUUUAGUUUAAAGUCGCUAUAUUAGUUAAAAGUCACUACUAUGAAAUCUUGUGCAGUACUGGUCAUGUUGAAGUAACACUGCAGGUGCUUUCAAAAUAGAUUAGCAACAUCCAUUUUUUUAAAAAACUAUUGCCGUAGCAAUUUUCUUUUAUUUGAGGUUUAUGCAACCCUAAACUCCCAGCUUUUGUAAAGCAAAAAUAUACUUCUGAAGAAUUGGCUCAUAUUGUCAAUUUACUAUCCAAGAGUUGAACGUAUUUAAAUCAUUUUGUUUAAAUGGAUGAAUUGUUUAAUUUGACAUUUGCAUCAUACUCCUAAACAGAGGCCCCGUUUUAAAUCAGUUUAGAAAUGGUUAAGGAUAAGGCUUCAAAAGUAAAAGUUUCUUCAUGUUGCUUGAACUUGUUCUUCUGUAGCAUAAAAGAUUAUUUAAAAUAUUUUUUGAGUGUAGGAUUAUCAUUAUGUUUUAUAGAUUUUUUUUGUAUCUUAUUCGUGUUAACCAGUAGUUUCAUAUUUACAUGUAGCCAAGUGGAAAUCUUACAUUUUAUUUCAAAUAGUAUUUUGGGUCAGACUUAAAUAAUCAUAUUAAUUUUUCUGAAAUUGAACUGUGUUGAUAUUCAAUUGAUAAUCAGCUUUUGAUUCCCUCUAAGCGCGCUGCAGUGAAAAGUAAUAUUUUGCAUCUUUGUUACCUGUAUUUCCCACAUUGUCUGGAUAGCAAAUUGAAAUUAGUGUUAUUAGUUCUCCUUCUAUUAUAUUUGGUAUUUUGAUAGAACUUCACUAUUUUAGGUUUAAAAAGACCUUUUAAAUGGUUGGGAAACAGUCAAGUCUUUUUGAAGUCACCGCAAUCUAUAUGGUGCCUGCUUUUCCCUGAGAUGAAUUGUCAAAAGAAAAGGACAGCAGGAAAAUGAGAAUAUUGCUCCCCAACUCCUAAAGGUAGUAGAGCAAACUCCUAGAGACUUGUGUGGUUUCUGCACAUUUAAUUGUCGCUACAGAUAACUUGUAGGAUAAUUGGAAAUAUCCAAUCCUUUGAAAACUGAUUUGAAUGACUGAGAUUCUUUACUUUCCUCUUAUGUUAGGAAUCUAUUCUGGCAUCUAACUAGAACCUUAAGUGGAUUUUUUUUCAUGAUGUAUUCUCUCCAUCCACCAUUUUUAUCAGUGUAAGAUAAUCUUAAUUAAAACUUGUGUCCUGAUCUGUUUUUCAAAGAUUCAAAAUUCAAAGUACAUUUAUUAUCAAUGUAUACAGUAUACAACCCUGAGAUUCAUCCUCUGCAAGCAGCUCUUCUCAGCAAAUAAGUCUGUCUGUGCAUCAUUUAUAUACUGAAGGUUUAUUGGUCUACCAGCCUUUUGCUGCUCCACCUUAACUUUUGGUAUUCCUCGAGGUUCAGAAUGCACUACUAAGUGUGAGUUUUUUAUUUGCUAUGCAUAGUCCAUUCUGUAAAUGGGUUUUCCAUGUUACAGAGUGUAGUUAAGAGACAUAUUGGCAAGAUUAUAAAUGUUCAAUUUCACUGUCAUCAGUGUUUUUAUCCUAAAUUAUUUGAAUUGAAUUGUCCCAGUGGUUUGAUGGAAUUCAAACUUUUGUAUCAGAUUGAUGAACCUUGCUUUUGUAUUUGAGGCCUUUUUAACUGCUGACUCCAUUAUUUCUGUUACCUUUCAUAUUGCUGAAGUACAAUUGCGCAUUUUUAUUACUUGCUUUCCAGAACUAUUUAAUAGCAUAACUAUCUCGUAUUGUGUACCUUUCUUAAAUAAUUAAGGUACUUGCCUUAACUUUGUCUUUUAUAUUUAUUUGGACCUUGAGGAAAUAUUACAAUGCAUAGGUAGAGAGAGGUAUAUUUGACCUAGACUGAAACAUUAUAAAAUGAAGAAGUCUGGCCCAUUGUGUGUACAUUGACCAUGGAUUGCCCAGAUGCUCUUCCUGGGGGCGGGGGUGGGGGGAAUUCCAAAUACUUAUCCAAUUCAGUUUACGACUUGUUAUUGAAUAUCAUCUUAUCACUUUUUAGACAAAAUGUGCAUUAGAUGAUAUCUUGAAAUUACAAAAAAUAAACCUGGAAAUCUUAAGUAACAACAAAAUACUGGAAGAUGUACAACAGUAUGGGCCACAACUAAUGGAGAAGUAACAAUUAAAAGUUUCAGUUUGAAGACUUCAUUGGAGUUGGGAAGGGAAAAAAGAAGCUUAAGGUGCAGGGAGGACAGGGGAAUGCCUCAGGAUAUAAUUGGGGUGAUAGUGGGGAUAAUCUGUAAAGAUAAUCUGGCAAAUGAGUGAACAGGAACAGUUAGAGACUGAGAACAUAAAGAAAUGUAGGAGUUUCAAAAUAUUGAUCACGAAGUCAUGGCCACUAGUUAGACCAUCUUGGAUUUAAUUACAAAAUAUGGACUUGCCUUCAUUGGUUUUGCUACAGUAAAUUGGGAUCAUCCAAUUACUUGCUAUUCUAGCCGAAGUCUGUCUUUCUUCAAAUAUAUAACAGAUCCUUUUGGUUUUUCAGUUCCUCCAGUUCAUGUGAAAAACUAUACACAGCCAAAGGUCAAUAUAGGUAAUGCACUAUGAAGUUUAAUCUUUGACUGUUAGGUGAAGACAUAGGUAAGCUUUUUAUCCAGUGAUUUUUAUAUUUUGCAUUCACCAUCUGUUUAAUACUUUCCUUUUGAAAGCCAUAGGUUACCAUUAGUUAUUCUGUACAGAGUGGAUUAUGAUUAAUUAGGACACAUCGGGACCUCUACAUUUUGGUCCAAUUAAGCGGCUAUCUCAAUUAGCCAAAGUUUCAUGAAAAUAGUGAAAAGGGUAUAUGAGGCAAAAAAAUCAAGCUGCCGUUUAACUGAGUAAUUAUUUAUAUACUUAAAUGAAAUGUAGAACAAAUUAGAACACUACUGAUGCCUCUACAGUACUGUAAAACUGUUAGUUCCUAAUAAUCAUUGACAAAGGAAAUCAUCCAGUGUACACUGCUGUGUUCUUUUGAUUGACAGUAAAUGAACAAGAUCAGUGCAGACACUUAGUGCAGAUAAUGGACUACCUUCAUACAAUACUUUCAAUUGCAUUCUCUAAAUCUUCAUUUUCAUUGUAACAUGCAACAUGACUCUUCAUUAUUCUUAACUUGUUGAAUCGUGAAACAGUUUCCUUUAUCACCCCUGGUCCUUACUGGCAUCUCCUAGCCUGAAUGCUUGAAACCAUGAUGAGCAAAACUGUUCCAAACUAUCUUACUGCUUAUUUCUCACCAGCUAUCUUGAACUCAAGCACACAAUGACCCUAUUUUAGAAAAACUCUUCGUUCUAAGUAUGGGGUAGUGUCUAACACCCACACAAGUGCACAAAACUGAUGUAGUUAGAAACUAUUUGUAAGAGUCUCCUGUCCCAAUUGACUGGCAUAGUGUCCUAAAUAAAAGAUUUGAAUCCUGGCUAUUUUCCUUGAUUAUUUUUUGUUCUUUAAGAGUUGCCCUAAAUGAGCAGCAGCCCUGAUUAACCAAUGGCUCAAUUAACUGGAAUCCACUGUAUUUCAAAGAAGUCAGCUUCUGCCUCUUUACUAAAUAUAUCAUUCAAAGUAUUCCACAUAAUGGCUGAACAUAGAAACUAUAAUUGAGUGACAUUCCAUCUACUUUCCAACAAUUUAGUGAUUAAAUCAAAUUCAAAAACUUAGUGUCAUGGUUUAAGUAACUCUUUUUCUACCAAUGUGAUCAUAUGAACUAAGCUCAAUCUGUAAGAGUUGAGAGGUGCAAACUGAUUCUUAAAUGUAUGAACUAGUGGUAAGUGAAUCAACUUCACUAUUUCGCUUGAAUGAAAUUUUUAAUUAGAUUUAUGGCAACAUAAGCUGUUCCUGCAAUUCUUUGAAUGGAAUUUAGUUACACCACUAUUUUAAAAAGGAGUGAAGCACCUCCUGAAGGGUUAAUAGAAAUUCCAACUCAAUAGCGAUAAGAUUUGUCUUCACCUUCUCUCACACUGACCUCAUACAUGUUAACAUUUACAAAGGUUUGUUAUCCUUUGCAUUUUUUUUACAUUUGUCAAUUUUCUUGACAAUUAAAUGCAUUUCACUGAAGUGUGUAUCAGUAAGCUGAAUUUAUUUCUCCAAAUUACUCAGUGGUGACAGCUAUGGGUUAUUUCGGUUAUGUUUAAAAGUAAAGCCUUCAGGUGCAAAUACUAAUUUGACAGGAAGCUUUUGGUCCAACACUUGCAGGUUUCUCUUUUAAUAAGUCUGCUUUUUAAGUCACUGUACUCCCUGAUAAAUUCAUGGUGCACGUAAUGGCAUUAAAGGUGUUUAGUUUCAUUUAUAGUAAAAUGUCAAUUGGUUGUUAUCAAUCUUUUCUUUCUAAAUUAAUAGUGUCUUAUACAUUAAGUUUCAUACCUGAGCACCUAGAAUCUUGCAAAUUGCUGGUUGUGAUCAUUGUUGUUGCAUCCACGAAAUCAAAGUUGCAUAUCUAUGGUUUGAUUAUUUAAAAAUAUAAUUCAGACAUAAUUGCUUAAAAUCUUACAGCAGACUCUGGCAAUUUUAUUGAUCAAGUAAAUUAAAUAAAACAUUUUCUUUUCCAAAAAAAUGACUUUUUCAUUUAAGAGUACACUUGUAAAUUAUAAGCUUAUAUUCAAUUAAAGAGCUGAUAUUGCAUAAAUCUCAUAGAAACAUUGUGUACUUUAAUGUUGCAUGUGCUUCAAUUUUGAUACCUUGUUAAUGGAUUACGGUGUUGGAUGUGGAGCUCAAAGUAUUUCAGCUGAGAUAAAUGUGCAGUAACUUAUUACUAAGAAACAUGGAUUUAAAGUAUAUUUUGGUUUUUUAAGAAUUCCUCUCCAUUUACAGUGAAAUGUUUGACCCACAUAAUGGUAUAUUUACUUGUAAAUAAUUUGACCUAAAGCACUUCUGUAAUCCUGCUUCUUCUUAGAAUUAACAUAAUCUUCAUCAAUGGUAAUAGUACUUUUAAGCUUUCUAAGCAAUCACAACCAAAUCUCAUAUUUAUUUGAAUCAAUAUUACAAUUUUACAGCUUUAGUUUUUUCCUUAUGUCAGAACCCAUAGACUUCCAUGUAAAAAGAACAAUGAUACCUUUUUUUUUAAAAGUACACUUUUCUGAAGUUAGAUGGGCAUGGAAUUCUUGUUCUGUGUCUGACAAAUAUCUGAGUAAUUGGAAUGCCUGAAAAUUGUUAUAAUUUGUACUAAGCUAGUAAAUAAAUCUUCUCUAGCUCCUAAUUAUCGGCAAGAGCGACUAACAACCUGAAUCAAUUCUGAUUACCAGGUUUUCUUCCCUUUUGUAAAUUUCCUCCUUUUUAACCGUUUAAUUUUAAUGAAAAUAAAUUCUUACUGGAUUUUGUUCCAUUGCAUUGAUCACUUUACCAAAAUAUCAAUUAUUUGGCUACUUUUAGCUUUUUAGUUGGGCUAGCAGACACUGCUUUGGAGACCUAUUAUGUGCUUUCCCAUGAGAUGAUGGGGAUGUAACUAUGUUCACAGUGAAGUUAAUCAUGAGAAUGACUGGUUUUAUCUAUUAUUGCUAUAAUUUCAUGAUAUGAGAAAAAGGAAAAUGAUCAUUUCAUUUUAUUCUGAACAGCAAAUCGAUGGCCUUUAGUUUGGAUUUUUUAGUUUUAUGACUUCAGUGCUUAAAAAUGAUAUUCACUUGUCGCAAUCUAUGUGUAUUUUCUUUAAAUAUUGAUUUGGAUGUAAUUAACUAUUAGCUCUUCUAUUUGGCAGCGAUCGUAUACUUGGCACCUCCGGCUAAGUUUCACUGAAAAGUGCUUGAUCUUUUGGCAGUGAUUUCCUUGAUGUUCUGUCAUACUGGUUUGCAAUUUUUAACAACUAAAUGUCCCAACUGCUUUAAAAAGGUCUCUCAUGUUAAGAAUACAAAUGUAUCAUAUGCUUCCAUCACUCUUCCUGCUGAGAUCCACUUUCUGAUGAGAUUUCUAGGUAUAUAUUGUGUGCUUUAUGGUAUGUAAUUCAUUGUAGUUUGGUGAUGUGAAGUGUCAUUUUCUCUUAAACUUUGCCAAAUGAUUAUUUUUCUUCUAACUUGAGUGUUUUUUCUAAUUGUUCUUUGCUUGUGUAGUGCAAUUCUCUCCUGUUUCGUUUUUUGUGAGCUAAGUAAAUGCCAGGGAUUAAACUUGGAAGCAUUGCUAAUUGUGAUUGUUCAUUUUUAAAAGCUAGUCACCUAGUCAAGCUAAAGUAAAUUGAGAAGUCAAAACUAGACUGUUUACUCUCUCUAUGCAGGCAUAUGAAGUAUUUAACAUGCUGCUUUAGUUGCAGCAUGUGAAAAGUGCUGCCAUUCUUCCAUCAGUAAGUUUGUAUGUCUUGAUUAUUUUAUAUAAAUGCAUUUUGUAUAUUUGGAGUAAACCUAAAUUACCCCUGUUUCCCUUAAUUUGGGCCUCAACAAGACAGCAUUGCAUCUUUCUAUGAGAAUUAUAAUUUGAGCCAAUUUGAUCAGAAAUUCCCCAAUGUACUUGCUAAAUGACUGACACAGUCCAGCAGUAGAAACUCCUGGGAGUGCGCAUCUUGCACAAUCUCCCAUGGUCUCAGAAUGCAUUAUACACCAUCAGGAAAGCUCACCAACACCUUACUUUGAGAGAAAGUUGAAGAGAACAGGAGUAUGUGCAUCUAUACUCACGUCAUUCUACUGGUGCAUAGUAGAGAGCAUCCUGACAAGCAGCAUCAUUGCAUGGUAUGGAAAAGCUACUGAGGCGGACAGUAAGGCUCUGCAGUGGGUAAUCAAAACUACCCAAUGCAUCACUGGCAGCAGCCUCCCUGCAUCAAGGACAUAAAUAUAGAAAGGUGUUGGAAAAGGGCCAGUAACAUCUUGAAGCAGCUCAGCCACCCUUCUCAUGGACAGUUUGUCCUACUCCUAUGAGGGAGAAGGCAACUUGGCAUUCAUGCCACAAUCACCAGACUCAAAAAGCAAUUACUCUACACCAGUACUAAGACUGAUCAACACCUCCAUCCACUAAUCCACCCCUCCACACCCUAACCUCCACUACUUUAUGAUUUCCUGACAGUCACUUUAUGGAUAUGUGAUCAAGCUAUGUAUGUAAGCAACCUUACAUAUGGUAGUUAGUGAAGUUGUGGCAGCAAAGUUCCAGCAACCUAGUUGCAGUCCUUAUCAUUGCUGCCGUCUUUUGCAGAUGUUGCUUGUUCUUCCUAUGAUGAUGUUGGUUUCCUCUGGGUGCUCCAGUUUCCUUCCAGUGAUGUGAAGGUUGGUAGAUUAAUUGCCCUUAGUGUUGAUGGCUUAUAGAAUCUGGGAGAGUUAAUGGAAAGGGUUAUAUGAAAAACCCUUUAUCAGAGACUAUAGGGGAAAAUUAGAAGAAUUUUUCAUAUUCCAUAAGCCAGCUCAGAGUAAAAUUAGAUUUUGUUCUGAGAUAGCAUAGGCUAAAUGAGUUGAAUUGUUGCCUUUUGUGUGGUAUAAGACCAUAAUAACCCAAGAGAACAAUUAAGCCAUUUGGCCCAUCGAGUCUGCUCUGCCAUUCCGUCAGCUGAUUUAUUAGCUCUCUCUGUCCCAUUCGCCUGUUUUCUCCCUGUAACCUUAGAUGCCAUUACUAAUGAAGAACCUAUCAACCUCCACUUUAAAUAUAUGCAGUGACUUGACCUGCAUAACUAUCUGUGCUGAUGAACUACCCUCUGGUUAAAGAAAUUCCUCCUCAUCUCUGUUCCAUAGGAAUGUCCUUGUGUUUUGAGGCUGUACCCCCUGGUCCGAGAUACCCCCAUUAUAGGAAACAUCUUCUCCAUGUCAACUCUGUCUUGGCCUUUCAAUAUUUGUUAGGUUUCAAUAAGGUCCGUAUUCACUCCCCCCCCCCACCCACCCACAGACACCAUUCUAAGUUCUAGCGAGCUCAGAUCCAAAGCCAUCAAAUGCUACUAGUACAUUAACCCUUUCAUUUCUGAGUACAUUUUCAUGAGCCUUCUCUGGACUUUCCAAUGUCAACACAUGCUUUCUUAAUACAGCUGACAGUACUCCAAGUGUAGUUUAACCAAUGCUUUAUAAAGCCUCAGCAUUUCAUCCUUGUUUUUAUAUUCUGGUCCUCUUGAAAUGAAUGCUGACAUUGCAUUUGCCUUCCUAAUCACUGACUCAACUUGUCAGUUAAACUCCAGGGAAUCCUGCAGAAGACCUUCCAAGCCCUUUUGCACCUUUAAUUUCUGAAUUUGCUCCCUGUUUAGAAAAUAGUCUAUGCCUUUAUUGCUUCUACCAAGUGCAUGACUAUAUACUUCCUUGCACUAUAUUCCAUCUGCAGGUUCCCUGCUUCCUCAACAGUACCUGCUGCUCCACCUGUCUUUACAAACAACAUCUACAGUUUUUCCCUUUGUAUAUCCUGCCUGUUAUUUCCUCAAAGAAUUCCAACAGAUUGUUGUCAGACAAGAUUUUCCCUUAAGGAAUCCAUGCUGACUUCAGCCUAUUAUGUGCUUUCAAGUGCCCUUAAACCUCAUCCUUAAUAAUAUUCUCUAACAUCUUGCCAACCACUGAAGUGAGGCUAAUUAACCUUGCUUCUGCCUCUAUUAAAGAGUGAGUUUUGCAAUUUCCUAGUGCUCCAGAACCAUUGCAGAAUCUCAUGAUUCUUGAAAGAUCACUAAUGCCUCCACAGUCUCUUCACCUACCUCUUUCAAAACACUGGGGUGUAGUACAUCUGGUCCAGGUGACUUCAAUCCUUUCAACUUCCCAAGAACCUCUCAUUAAUAACAAGAUAGACUCACUUGUGCCCCCGGCACUCUCCAAUUUCUGUCAUACUGUUGGUGAAAACUAAUGGAAACUACCUGCUGAGUUGCUCCAGCAUUUCUUUGUCCCCCAAUUCUACAGUUCCAGCGUCAUUUUUCAGCGAUAUUAUAUCUACGCUCACCUCUCUUUUAGUCUGUAUAUGUCUGGAAAAAAUAUUUUUGUUUUUUUUUUAUAUUUUUGGCUUGCUCGUCUUCAUAUGGCAUCAUUUCUCUCCUUAAGGCUUUUUUAGUUACUACCUUUGGUUUUUAAAAGCUUCCCAGUCUUUUAGAUUCCAACUAAUUUUUAAUAUAUUAUAUUUUAUGCUGUCUUUAACUUCCCAUGUCAGCCAUGGGUGCCUCAUCAUCCCUUUAGUAUACUACUACUUUGGGAUGAAUGUAUUUUGUGCCUCCUGAAUUGCUCCCAGAAAUUCCAGCCAUUGCUUUUCUGCAGUCAUUCCUGCUAAUGUUUUUUUUUCCAGUCAACUUUGGCCAGCUUCCCUCUUGAGCCUCUAGCUCCCUUUAUUCAAAUAUAAUACUGAUAAUGGGCUGAUAUUUAAGAAAAUAGCCUAAAUGUUUGCAUUUCUUAGUGCUCAGGCUUUGUGUAAACAAUAAAGCAUAUUUUUUAGAAGCGAUAGAUAUAAUUUUGUGUCAAUGUCAUAAUUACCUGAGUGAAUUAGAUAGUAGGGACAUUUCAGAGCUUUAAGCCUUAAAGAAAAUGUGGUUGUCUAUAUAAGGAAAAGUGUGUGUAAAGAAUGACUUAAAAGAGAAAAAAAAACACAAGAUUCUGAUUUGGGGCUUGUAUGUUUUGAAUACAAUAACAAACCUUGUGUGAUGGUAGGUACUAGAAUAAAAUUAUGCUACGAAAGUGCAGACAGUGGUCAUGAGCCAUUGUGUGAAAAAAAAAUUUGUUCUUUUUUCUUGUUCUAAAACAUCUGUCCAUUUUAUCCCUCUUAUGAUAGCAAUGACCUGACAGUCAGAGUUCCAGUUUAUACUUGCUGUCUGUCGUGCCUAUCAAGGAAGUGCAAAGCAUGAGAGAAAGUUAGGGUAUAAUGUGGGCUCUGCACAUACUCAAUGGAAAAGCUAGACCCCCUUCACACAUGGGAUUCUCUAGCUGAAUAAAGACUGUGCAGAGUCAAAAAAAAACUUGCUGUCUGCAUUAUUUUUCCAAAGUUGCACUGAUUUCUGCCCCUCCAACCUAUAACAUUGAGCUCAAAAUUUAAAUCUGUGCAUCCAUGCUUUCUGUUUCUGUUUCCAUAAACCAUCGGUUAACUCAAAUGGCUCUUUUUAUCUUAUCAAUUCCAGCCAGAAAUUAUACACCUUUCAAUCUCUUAACUCAAAUCUCUUAGUUGUUUGUUCAAAGGAAUGUUCCAGAGGUUUUGUAAUAUGGAAGGUAGAAUCUGGAAUGAGGAUUCUGACUUUUUGAUUUUGGGAAUGAAUGAGUAAAUAAGUUACGAACAGUCUAACAGGAGUGGGUCAUCGCUUCCCUGGCUAUAGGUUGACUCAUUAUAGAGCCUAACAGCCGAGGGUGAGAAUGACCUCAUAUGGCACACUUUAGAGCAGUGCAGUUAUCUUAGUCUGUUACUUAAAGUGCUCCUCUGUUCAGCCAAGGAGGCGUGCAGAGGGUGAGAAAUAUUGUCCAGAAUUGCCAGGAUUUUCCAUAGGUUCAUUUGUUCUGCCACAGCUUCCAGUGUGUCCAGUUUGACUCCUAUAACAGAGCUAGCCUUAGUAAUCAGUUUAUUGAGCCUGUUGGUAUCACCCAUGUUGAUGCCAUUGCCCUAACACACCACCAUAUAGAAGAUUGUACUGAAAACAACAGACUGGUAGAACUGUGAAGGAAAGGCCUGCAUACUCCAAAGGACCUCAGUCGCCUCAGGAAGUAGAGGUGACUCUGGCCCUUCUUGUACACAGCUUCUAUAUUGGUGCUCCAAUCAAGUCUACCAUCCAGGUGCAUCCCCAGGUGCUUGUAGGUCCUCACCACAUCCAUGUCAUCACUAUCUCCUUUGUUCUACUGAUGUUGAACUGCAGAUGAUUCAGCUUGCACCAUUUGACAAAGUCCUCAACCAGGACUCUGUAUUCAUCAAUCCUCCCUUUAUAGACCCAACUAUUGCUUAGUCAUCAGAGAAUUUCUGCAAAUGGCAUGAUUCAGUGUUAUAUCUAAAGUCUGAGGUAUACAGGGUAAACAGGAAGGGGCCUGAGUGCUAUUUAUAAUACAGGAGCAGGGAGGUACUACUGCAGUUGUACAAGGCCUUGGUGAGACCACACCUGGAGUAUUGUGUGCAGUUUUGGUCCCCUAAUCUGAGGAAAGACAUCUUUGCCAUAGAGGGAGUACAAAGAAGGUUCACCAGAUUGAUUCCUGGGAUGGCAGGUCUUUCAUAUGAAGAAAGACUGGAUGAACUGGGCUUGUACUCGUUGGAAUUUAGAAGAUUGAGGGGGGAUCUGAUUGAAACGUAUAAGAUCCUAAAGGGAUUGGACAGGCUAGAUGCAGGAAGAUUGUUCCCGAUGUUGGGGAGGUCUAGAACGAGGGGUCACAGUUUGAGGAUAGAGGGGAAGCCUUUUAGGACCGAGGUUAGGAAAAACUUCUUCACACAGAGAGUGGUGAAUCUGUGGAAUUCUCUGCCACAGCAAACUGUUGAGGCCAGUUCAUUAGCUAUGUUUAAAAGGAAGUUAGAUAUGGCCCUUGUGGCUACAGGGGUCAGGGGGUAUGGAGGGAAGGCUGGGUUCUGAGUUGGAUGAUCAGCCAUGAUCAUAAUAAAUGGCGGUGCAGGCUCGAAGGGCCGAAUGGCCUACUCCUGCACCUAUUUUCUAUGUUUCUAUGUUUAAUAUGUCUGAUACAUAGCUCUGAAGUUAAGAACAAGAUUGAAGGGUGUUUGGCAUAAGUGCUAGAAAAUUCAAAGUAGGAAACUACAAUGAAGUAGUCAAGGAAGCUGGAAGUGGGACAAAAAAUUAGUGUGGCAAAGCUAUCUUUUUGUGGACUUAUGGACAUAGUAAGAAGCAUUUUGGUGACUAGGUGGGGAAUAAUAAUGCAUGUCCUGUUGUAAUUAUUACUGAAUAGACAAGUCUUUUUUAAAUUAAGCCUUUAUAAACAUGAGAAACUCUGCAGGUGUUGGAAAUCCAAAGCAAAACGCACAAAAUGCUGGAGUAACUCAGCGAGUCAGGCAGCAUCUGUGGAAAUGAAUAAUCAAUGGAUGUUUUGGGCUGAGUCUCAUCUUCAGGGUUCAGCCUUUUUUUUUUCCUUUAGAAACUAUAAUAAAUGCAUCAAUAUUGGUUGUAGACAUAUAUGUUCUUGACAAUUGAGUUAUGAACUUGGGUAUAAUGUGGCAGUUUGGAUCAAGUUAAAGAACUUGAACUGAGGUUGGAAUUUCUACAAAUUGUCUUGUUCUGGUUAAACAUCGACUUGGUUUUAUUUGGUAUAUUUUUAUAUACCAUUUUAACUAUUUUUGGGCUUGCUUCCAUUUUCUGCUGGAAAAAAUGCCCAAAAUAUAUAUCAAUCAUUGCUAAAGAGGACUGUGGAAAUAUUUGUUAACAAAGGAGUUAUCCAUAAGCAAUAUUUUUCAGCCCAGAAAUGCUUUUAAAUUGAUUUACAUUGUCCACCUGAGGUUUCUGCUUAAGCUUGAUCAAAAGUUGUUUCUGAACCAGAAAAAGUCAUUAUUAUGAAAAUCAUUUAGCUGAUUUCUGUGUCAAAUUGAAGUAUAUUCACACCUUGGCUGUUUUGAAUUCAAAUUCUACCAUUGAAUGGUACAAGUUUCAAUAUUUUUUUCCACUGAGGCAUCAUGAGCUUCUUCCUCUAAUAUUUAAUGGACAAAGAGAUUGAGGUUGUAUCUGAAAUUCAAGAGGGUGUAGUUCUUAGAAGUGUUUCUGAUUAUUACGUGACAUGGAAAUGGGCCUUUUGAUCCACUGAAUCAGUAAUGGAUGUUGAGCACUCACUUGGGCCAUAGCAUUUCAUUCUUCCCACAUUCUCGUCAGCAUUCCUACACACUAGGGGCAAUGUGUAGUUAUUAGUUAAUGCACCAUGCCAUAUAUCUUGGGGAUAUGGGAGGAAACUGGAACACCUGGAAGAAGUCCACAUAGUCGCAGGAAGAACAUGCAAACUCCAUUCAGCAUCUUAGAUCAAGAUUGAUUCUGGGUUGUUUGAGCUCUGAGGCAACACUACUGCUAGUUGUACCACUGCCAUCUCUAAAGAGGAAAUGCUUCGCUUCUGGCUCCUGUUAAUUCAAAUGUUUUCUUUCAUCUAUAUAUCAGUAAUACACGGUUGAGAAAUUGUGAUAUUCAUUUGGCUAGAAAUGCAAGCAGUGAUUCUCUAAAUGGUUUAAUCAAAGCUCAAAGUAAAUUUAUUAUCAAAGUAUGUGUGUGUAUGUCACCAAUAGAAUCAAUGAAAGACCACACCCAACAGUGGACAACAACAAAUGUGCAAAAACAAAAAGGGGCAAUAAAGAAAUAAUAAUAAUAAAUAAAUAAGCAAUAAAUAUCUAGAACAUGAGAUGAUGAGUCCUUGAAAGUGAGUCCAGUUAAGUGCUGGGGUGAGUGACGUUAUCCCCUCUGGUUCAAGAACCUGAUAGUUGGGUGAUUACUUCCACAAGAUGGUUAAGAUUUUUCUUAAGCCAUAUUUAAAUCUGUCAAUAUCCUAAAGAAUUCUUGAACCCCACACUUCCAAUGUCGAACCUAUCUUACUGUAUAUCCUUGAACAUUUGUAACUUCUCGUUUAUCCUCCAGUUUACCUCAUCCAUUUGGAUUUCUAUCUAGCCAGUUGUGAUAGCAAUUCAGUACAAAAUAUAAAAUUAUUAUAAAUUCCAAAGUAAAUUUUGCAAAAUAAGGGAAUAACUAGGUAGUGUUAAUGAGCUCAUGAACUUUGCUGAAAUGUGAUGACAGAAAGGAAGAAGCUGUUUCUGAAUUGAUUGUGGGCCUUCAGGCUCCUGCACCACCAUCCUGAUUGCAGUAAGGAGAUGAGGGCAUGCCUCGUGUGGUGAGGGUUCUUAAUGAUGAAAGCCACUUUCUGGAGGUACCACCUCAUGAAAUUGUCACCCAUGUUGGGGAGAGUUGUGCAGAUAAUGAAGCUGGCUAAUUAAGUGAAUCGCUGCAGUUUCUUGGGAUACUAUGGAUUGGAGGUUCCCUACCAGGCUAUGAUGCAAGCAAACAAAUUGCUGUCCACCAUAAAAAUCUGCAUGAGUCUUUGGUGACAUACCAAAUCUCCUCAAAUUCCUAAUGAAGUAAAGUUGUACUUUCGUGAAGGGUCCAGGUUAGAUCUUCUAAGAUGUUGAUGCUCAGGAACUUAUGGCUGCUCAACUUUUCCACUUCUGACCUCUCAAUGGGGAUCAGGGUGUGUUCUCCUGACUUUCUUUUUCUGAAGUCCACAAUCAGGUCCUUGGUCUAGUUACAAACAAGAGAAAAUCUGCAGCUGCUGGAAAUCUGAACAACACACACAAAAUGCUGGAGGAACUCAACAGGCCAGGCAGCAUCUAUGGGGGAAAAAAGUGCAGUCAACAGUUUGGGCCAAAGUCCUUUGACAGGACUGGAGGAAAAAAAAGCUGAGUAAUAGAUCUAGUAGACCUUGGUCUAGUUGAUGCUAAGUUCAAGAUUAUUGUUGUGGGGCUCUACUCAACCAGCCAAUCUGUGUCACUCCAGUGCACCUCCUCGUCACCAUCUGAAAUUCUGCCAACAACAGUGGAGUACCUGCAAAUUUAUAGCUGGCAUUUGAGCUGUGCUUAGCCAUGAGGUUGUGAGUGUAGAGAGAGUAGAAUAGUGGGCUAAGCAUGCAUCCUUGAGGUGCCUGUGUUGAUUGUCAGCAAGGUAGAGAUGUUUUACCAGUAUGUACCGAUGGUGGUCUUCCAAUCAGGAAGUCGAGGAUCCAGUUACUGGGGGAAGAUACAGAAACCGAGUUUUAAAAGCUUGGUGAUUAAUAUCGAGAGAAUGAUAGUGUUGAAUGCUGAGCCGUAAUCAGUAAACAGCAGCAUAACAUAUGUUUUGCUGUUGUCUAAGUGCUCCAAGGCAGAGUGGAGAGCCUGUGGGAUUGUGUACAAUGAUAAAAGUAAUUGAUGACAGACUGUGCAGUGAUGAUGAGGGCUAUUUAUCUUUAAUUGUACUCCUUGGUUUGGUGCCUUCGACUAUAAAGACCUAAGAGUUAUAGAGGCAUAGGGCUCUAAUGCACAGAAACAGCCUAUCUAGUUUGUUCCAAACAUUCUGCCUAGUUUCAUCAGCCCACACCUGGAAUAUACCCCUCAAUAUCUCUCCCAUCCAUGUACUUAUCGAACAUCCCUUAAAUGUUGCCAUUGAAUCUGCGUGCACCACCUUCUGAAGAAAUUCUCCCUCGGGUUCCACUUAAAUAUUUUACCUUUCAUCCUUAACCUAUGACCUUUAGUUCUCAUCUCACCCAAUUUCAAAGAAAAAAGCCUGCUUGCGUUUAUCCUAUAUACACCACUCAUAAUUUUGUAUAUUUCAUUUCCAUGGAGUGUAAGAGAAUGAAAGGAGAUUUGAUAAAGUCCUAACCUAUUCAACCUUUCCCUGUAACUCAUCCUCAAGUCCCAGCAAUGUCCUUGUAAGUUUUCUCUGCACUCUUUCAAUCUUAUUGGUAUCUUUCCUGUGGGUAGGUGAAAUGCACAAAGAACUCCAAGCCUGGACUAACUAAUGUCUUGUACAACUUCAACAUAAUAUCCCAACUCUUGUACUUAAUGCUCUGAUUUAGUAAGGGCAAUGUGCGAAAAGCGCUUUUCAUGACACUAUCUACCUGUGAUGCCACUUUCAGGGAAUUAUGUAUCUGUAUUUUCAGUUCCCUGUGUUCUACCGCACUGCAUUGCCCUACCAUUCACUGUGCUCCCAAAGUGCACAUCUCAAAUUUGUCUGCAUUAAAUUCCACCUGCCAUUUUUUAGCACAUUGUGGAUGGUCCAUAUUCCACUGAAACCUUUGAUAGUCUUCCUCACUGUACACCCCAAUCUUAUUGUCAUCCACAAAUAUGCUGAUCCAGUGUACCAUAUUAAAUAAAGGCAUCCGUUCGUCUUGUGAGACCAUGGAUCUGCACCUAGAAAGUCUUCAGGGCACAGGCCUGGGCAAGGUUGUAUGGAAGACCAACAGUUGCCCAUGCUGCAAGUCUCCCCUCUCCAUGACACCAAUGUUGUCCAAGGGAAGGGCAUUAAGUACCUUGCUCAAGGACACAACGCGUUCCCUCGGCUGGGGCUCGAACUCACGACCUUCAGGUUGCUAGUCCAAUGCCUUAACCACUUGGCCACGUGCCCACGUGUACCAUAUUAUCAUCCAAAUUAUUAAUAUAGAUUACAAACAACGAUGGGUCCAGCACUAAACCCUGUGGCCCACCACUACUCACAGGCCUCCAGUCAGAGAUGCAAGUAUUAACAGCCACUUUCUAACAUCUCCGUGUUUAUCUAGAAAGUUUGGGUUGCGCUUGUGUAGUCUUAACCUUGCAUUUUCAGUUCUUCACUGUUACUUUUUCAUGUUUGUCAGUGAUACAUCUUCAGUUCAUUGUUCACCUUUGUCCUGAUUCUUCACAUCUGUAUGACAGAAAGUGUAUGCUAGUGACAUCUAGCUGUGCCAUUUUCUCUCUAUAGUCAUAGUGCUUAUUGAAAUCUCUUCUGAGGAAAUGUUAUUCCCAACUUAAAUCCUCAUUACUUUGGUUUUCCUUCAUAACUAUGACUGUUGAGUAUAAUCUGGUCUCUGAUGGCUGUCUGAAGCUGAAACAGGAUGCUUGCACCACAGAGUCAAGUUUAAUCCCAAGAUAAACUUUGAGCUCUAUAUCAGAGGCAUCACUAGCAUUACCCAUUUCUCUCAUUGUCUUGAUUCCUCCCCUGCUUCAGCUCAUCUGCUGCCAAAGUGUAAUUCACGUCUUUCUAUUUCUACAGACUUUGAGGUAUUUAAGAACUAAGGUCCAGUCCCUGUCCCUAUUUAGGGGCAUUAUAAGCCUGGUGGCUUAGUCGCAGAUAUUAAACAAAAUUAUUAAAUGCUGUGUAGUAAUUUUAUGUAUUGCUGCCGCAAGAAGGAAAACAAAUUUCAUGACGUGUGAGUGAUGAUAAAUUUGAUUCUAAUAUGGGUCUCUUUUGUAGACUGAGAGUGGGAAGGGGGCAGGAAAAGGGGAAUCAUGGUUGGGAAGAGGGGAGUGAGUAGGAAGCACCAGAGAGACGUUCAGUAAUCAAUAAAUCAACUGUUUGGAAUCAAAUGACCUUGCCUGGUGACUCAGGGCUGGUUGUAUCUGCACCCAUGCCACCGCCUGCCUCUGACACUUCUCUGCCACUUGUCCUACACCCCUCCUGCAGUGCAUGUGCUCUGUCUCUCUGUCUUUCUCUAUUUUUCUCAUUCUCUCAAUACGCUUAAAAUACUCUAGUUCACAGUUGUUCAGUAAGGCAUGUCUUUGCCUCAUCAGUAAGUUUUGGAUACAUGGGUUAUUUCCUUACAAGAAUGAUGGGGGAGGAAACAAAAUGGCUGCAUUCAUAUUGAUUUUAUUGGUGUAUUUCAUGUAACUUUAUUGAUUGAUCUCAAUUUUGUGAUGCAUUAUUUUUGUAUGAAUCAACUGGAUUGUUAAUAAACAUGAAUGAUGCAGCAGUCCUCUCCAGAACAUUUAUUUAAUUGUUGAAAUUGGUUGACCAUUGUUUGGUAUAUGUUUGUGUUUAUCCCAUCGUGUAGGGAGAGUAAGCAGAAUUUUUGGUGUGGACCUACUGACUAGAGAUUGUUGCAGGCCUAUAUGUAGGAAAAUUUGAAUGGAUGGAUCUGUUGCUGGGGCAUGACAUCUUUGGCUGAUACAAAAAGUCAAGACUUCUAAUUAGAAUAGCUAGGUUUUUUAAAAAAAAAAGGAAAGGGGGGCAGAUACUGGAGUCCUUUUUGGUAAAAUUUUUACAGUGUUCUGGUACAUAGGUUCAAAGAAUUAUUUGCCACCUUGCGUUAAAGUUUUGUUCAAUGUGUAAGUGUAUUUUUAGUUAGAUAAAACAUUUUUGUGCAAGUCAAAGUAGGUUAUUAUCAGAGUACAUACAUGUCACCACAUACAUUCCUGAGGUUCUUCUUCCUGCAGGCAUACUUAACAAAUUUAUAGAACAGGAUCAGUGGACAACAAAUUGUGUAAAUGCAGAUAUAAAUGCACAGCAAUAAAUAACGAGCAUGAAAUAAGAUAAAGGAGUCCUUAAGUAUAGUUAUCCACUUUUGUUCAAGAGCCUAAUGGUUGAGGGGUAGGAACUGUUCUUGAAUCUGGUGGAGCAAGUCCUGAGGUUCUUGUACCUUCUACCUGAUGGCAGCAGCAAGAAAAGAGCAUGGCCUGGGUGGUGAGGAUCUUUGAUAAUGGAUACUGUUUUCCUACAGCAACAUUUCAUGUAGAUAUGCUCAAUAGUUGGGAGGGUUUUACCCAAGAUAUACUGGUCUGAAUCCACUUCCUUUAGUAAGAUUUUCUGCUCAAAGGCAUUGGUGUUCCCAUACUAGGCUGUAAUGCAGCCAAUCAGCACACUUUCUACCACACACCUAUAGAAGUUUGCUAAGGUGCCUAUCAGGCAAUUAAUAAUUUAUUUAUUUUGAUUAACUAGAGGGGGAAAAGGUGAUGCUGAAAUAUGAAUAGCAGCUCAUACAUCUAGAAGUUGUUAACUGCUCAGAUUUCAAAAGGAAUCCUGAUUUUUGUAAUUCUCCUUGUUUACAGUGGGGGGCUUUACUAAAAUCUUUCUACUUGAAGAAAAAAAGUACAUUGAGCACAAGAAUUUUGUAUUUAUCUCAGUGCUGCCCAACCUACAUUGCUUUUAUUUUUAAAUCAUCCAUUAACUGUGAACAGAAAUGCAUUGUAUUGAUUUUAGGAGUCAUUGCACAAUUAGAAUUCUAAUUGUUAAAACUGGUCAAAGGAAUGAGGCACGGCAUCUAGCCCUGAGUUGAAAUUAUACCUUUGCUUUGGGCCUCAAUAAUGCAGUACAGGUGUAUUUUUUAAAAUACUUAGGUUUAUAACGGCUGAAAAACAAGGCAUGGAUCUAAUCUAUUGAAACCUAUCAACAAUAAAUAAUUGAACAACAGUUCUAAAUACCUUUCUCUCCAUUUUACUUGCUCUUCAUGUAUGGGUCUUAAUGUAAAAUAAAGGGAAAUAAGAGAUCUAUGUUUGACAAAGACGUGCCUUACUCCCAGCUCACCAGAUACGGCGAUCAUACCCAAGGGCUUCUUGAUUCACAGGAUGGACUGAACUGCUGAUUCAGAAAAGGCAAAAAGGUCGAGGUGCUCUGAUCUGGUGGUUUUGUCAAACUUGUGUUCCCCUGACCUUGAACAUCUGAUGGUCAAAUGCCAUUUGUUCCAUUUACCUUGGGAGUUCUUCUUCAUAGUCCUAACCACAGUUUACAUCCCAUCAGCUAUAAUCAGGCACUUGCAAUACUGCAUGAUACCAUCUUCAAACAAGAAACAGUCCAUCCCAAUGCAUUUGAAAUCAUAAUCAGAGACUUCAACCAAGCUUGUUUAAAAGAAACUCUGCCUAAUUACAAUCACCAUAUAACCAGAAGUCCCAACACCAUAGACCACAAACUUGUAUAGACAUGUACUGGAGAGAAUAUUGACUUGCCUACAUUACAGCCUGGUAUGGAAGCACCAAUGCCCUUGAACAGAAAAUCCCCCCAAAAAGUAGUGAAUAUGGCUCAAUCAUGACAGGUAAAGUGCUCCCCCAAACUGAACACAUUUGCACUAAGCAUUGUCACAGGAAAGCAGCGUCCAUCAUCAGGGACCCGCCACCCAAGCCGCUGCUGCCGUCAAGAAAGUACGGGAGCUUUGGGACUCAUACCACCAGGUCCAGGAAUGGUUAUUAUCCCUCAAGCAUCAGGCUCUUGAACCAAAAGGGAUAACUUCACUCAUCUUCACUUGCCCAUCAUUGGAAUGUAUUUCAAGGUUGACUGUGUGUAUAAAUUUAUAAAUUUAAUAAAUUUAUUUUAAACCAUUAUUUUACAGUUAAGAUUCAGUCCUUUUUGCUGUUUGAUUCGUGUUAUGCCCUGUUUUUGACUUCCAACAAGUGCUCCUAUCAAGUCUUUGAAAUCUAUGAUGUUUUCAUAAUGGUACCAAUUAUUAUGAGGGAAAGAAUAUUUUCAAAAUGUAUAAACAAAUUUAGAAGCCUGUGGGGAAACAAAGUUAUUACAACAUCCAGACAUCCAUUUUAUUCACAUUAAAUAACCUGCAAAUAAUAUGUGAAAUUUAUGUGAAAAUGAUUAUCUCAGCUCUACCAGUUUUCCCUUAUUUUCAUUCUUUUAUCUAUUUUUAAAUAUAUUUUAAAAUGUAUACAAAAUAUGAAAACUGUUGCUAUUCACAGCUUUGCCGGAUUUUGUUCACUGAAUCAAUCUGCUCAAUUUAUUUGGAAAUGCUCAGUAAAAUUUUGUCCUUCAAAUUGACUUACUCAAUAUGGUGCAAUAUUUAUAAGUUUUUCCAGUAGACUUUAGUUGGAACUCAAAGUGUUAAAAAUUUGGUAAAGCUAAUGGGGCACAAUAACUUU